CUUCCCACCGCUGGCCGGGGCGCAAGCGGCGGCCGGUCCCCACCCCACGCUGGCAGCGGGGAUGUCACGGCACGGAUGCCACCUCGGGGGGGGCCUACGCAGGGGUGGGCCUCAGCGGGGCUGGGGUCCCACCAAACCCCCACGCUGCAGCGGAGAGGGGCGUGGGGAGGAGCGGGGUGGCACCAGGGGCUCUCGGCCAGGGCUGCCACACGGUGCUGGUGUCUCCCUCCCCUCUCGUGUCCGGGUCCCCAUAUCACAUUUAUUGCUGGGGGGGUCCCUGUGCCAUGGCCCCUGGCCGUUUGACCAGAGGGGGGCCCCCUCCCGCGAUGUCAUCCUCGUCUCAGCCAUCAUCACCGUCAGCCUUAGCGUCACCAUCGUCCUGUGUGGCAUCUGCCAGUGGUGCCAGCGCAGACUGGGAAAGCGUUACAAGACGUCCCUGGAGACCGUGGGGACCCCAGACUCCAGCCGAGGCCGCAGCGAGAAGAAAACCAUCAACGAUCUAGACAGAGACUUUUGGAAUAACAAUGACAACACAGUGCAGCAGAAAUGGAGCUCGUACCCUCCCAAGGAGUUUAUACUAAACAUUUCACCUUACGCCCCGUACGGUGACCCGCGCCUUUCCCUCAAUGGCUCUCUGUUAUCAGGGGCUAAGCUGACAGCGUCGGCCACCGCGGGGUUGGCGGGGGAGCGCGACGGCCGCCCCGGGGAGAAGCAGCGCGGCGGCGAGGACGGCAUGAGGAGCAGCAUCUCUGCCCACAGCGAGCCCAGCAUGGGGAAGGCGGCGAGGGGCCGCUGGCACACGGUGCAGAGCCACUUGGCCGCAGGGAAGCUCAGCCUGUCCAAUUUCGAGGACUCCACCUUGUCCACAGCCACUACCCUUGAGUAUAUCCCCACCUCAGCAGGCGACCCCAAAUGCCAGAGGCCCCGCACGCUCAUGCGCCAGCAAAGUCUGCAGCAGCCCCUCAGCCAGCACCAGCGAGGCAACCACAGCCAGCCCACCACCAGCCAGAGCCUGGGCCACCUCCAGGCCCACAGCGGCUCCUCCGGUGCCGGCAACCCCCGGGGCUCCCGCGGCGGCCAGGGGCGCCAGGGCAUCGCCGCCGGCUCCAAGCAUCGGACAGCUGGUGGCCGGAGCCGCUCCAACCCCGGCAGCUGGGACCACGUGGUGGGGCAAAUCCGCAACCGCGGCUUGGACAUGAAGUCCUUCCUGGAAGGCCGGAUGGUGGUGUUAUCCCUGGUUUUGGGACUCUCAGAGCAAGAUGACUUUGCCAAUAUCCCCGACCUGCAACCUGCUGGGACGCAGCCGAACCAGCCGAACGCUCAGGGGGACAAGAGGUUGCCAGCCGGCGGCAAGGCGGUGAACACCGCACCCGUGCCUGGGCAGACGCAGAACGACGAGUCCGACCGCAAGACGGAGCCGCGCUCCUCUGUCUCCGACCUGGUGAACUCCCUGACCAGCGAGAUGCUCAUGCUCUCACCGGGCUCCGAGGACGAUGAGGGCCACGAUGGCUCCAGCCGGGAGAACCUGGGCCGCAUCCAGUUCAGCGUCGGCUACAACUUCCAGGAGUCCACCCUGACUGUCAAGAUCAUGAAGGCCCAGGAGCUGCCGGCCAAGGACUUCAGCGGCACCAGCGACCCCUUCGUCAAGAUCUACCUGCUCCCUGACAAGAAGCACAAGCUGGAGACCAAGGUGAAGCGGAAGAACCUGAACCCGCACUGGAACGAGACCUUCCUCUUCGAAGGGUUCCCCUACGAGAAGGUGGUGCAGCGGGUGCUGUACCUCCAGGUCCUGGACUACGACCGCUUCAGCCGCAACGACCCCAUCGGGGAGGUGUCCAUCCCCCUCAACAAGGUGGACCUCACCCAGAUGCAGACCUUCUGGAAGGACCUGAAGCCGUGCAGCGACGGCAGCGGAAGCCGUGGGGAGCUGCUGCUGUCGCUGUGCUACAACCCCUCCGCCAACUCCAUCGUGGUGAACAUCAUCAAAGCGCGGAACCUCAAAGCCAUGGACAUCGGGGGCACGUCAGACCCCUACGUGAAGGUGUGGCUGAUGUACAAGGACAAGCGGGUGGAGAAGAAGAAGACGGUGGUGAUGAAGCGGUGCCUGAACCCCGUCUUCAACGAGUCCUUCUCCUUCGACAUCCCCACGGAGCGGCUGCGCGAGACGACCAUCGUCAUCACCGUCAUGGACAAGGACAGGCUGAGCCGCAACGAUGUCAUCGGCAAGAUCUACCUGUCCUGGAAGAGCGGCCCCGGCGAGGUGAAGCACUGGAAGGACAUGAUCGCCCGGCCCCGGCAGGCGGUGGCACAGUGGCACCAGCUGAAAGCCUGAGCCCCCCCCCCGGCCCCGGGGCAGGACAGGGGCGGGACGGCGGUGGCCCCGCGGUGGAGGGUGGGGGACGGAUGGACAGACGGACGGAGCGCCCCCGUCCCCAUCCCCAGCGCCGGGCAGGUCUCCCGCGAGUGCUUCCAGCCCCCGUCCCCCCGGCCCCCCCCCCCCCCCCCCCCCCCCAGUGUCAUCCCACAUUUUGGGAGGCUGCCGGUGCGAGGGGGGGUCCCGCCUCCCCCCUUUCAGCCCAGUCAGACCUCUCCCAGCUGCCAGCGUCACCCCAGCGGGAGCCACACGUCCUGCCUGGGGACGUCCCCGUACCCUGCCCCGUCCCAUCCCACCCCCCCAGCCCCGGGGGCACCCCAGGGAUCGGAAGCCAUGCCGCAGCUCGUUAGCCAAAGCGGGCACAUCCAGCGGGGUUUGCUGCUUUACCUCCGUCCCGGCACGUCCCCCGCGCUCCUGAUGCCACUGCAUCCCCCCCGCGGUGGCACCCAGGGGUGCUGCACCCUGGCCAUCUCCUCACGGGGUGGCCCGGGGCCCGCAAGAGUGCCCAGCGGGGGGGUCCUGUGUGAGGAUGGAGCGGGUGCCACCGUCCCCACGCCGUGCAGAGCGGUGUCCUUGUCCCCACUGUUGGCUGCAGGGGGCUGGCACCCAGCGGCAGCAUCCCCAAGGUGCCCACACCUCCCCGCUGUCACCGCGGUGGGUGUCCUCCCCUUGCCAUGGGCCGGUGGCGUUGGAGGCAGCAGGACGGCAGCAGCGUUGGCUGUGACACGUCACCGGCAGGCAGCGCCGCUCAGUGUCCCUCCCCAGGGCUCCCUGCUCCACCAGGGAUGCCGUGGCCAGCGUGUGCGUGUAUCCUCGGGGUGUCCCCAUGCCAGGGACAUCGGCCAAGCCCUCCCGCAGUGGGGCUGCUGCCCCCCUCCGCAGCCAUCUCAGGUAGGGGACGGCCACCCCCUGCCCACCACGGGGACACCGAAGGAGCUGGGCUCUGCACCCCUGUCUUCCUGUGGCCACCACAGUGUCACCCAGCACGUGCCAAGGACACUGCCCCCCAUGGGGACCGGCCUGAGAGCGGGGUGCCAACUGCCCAGAGCACCACAGGCAGGGUCAUGAGCGUCGUCCCUGCGUCACAGCGUCCCCGGUACGGGCACCCAGGGGUGCCCCGCAGCUGGGACACCCCCACGAGCAUCGGUGCCAUCCCUUCGGGCUGAGCCCCAGCCACCGGGGUCGAUUCAUCGCAUGGGGGACCCUGCGCCAGACCUCCCCAAAAAAACAAGGAGCAGCCAUCAAGGGGAUGCUGUCCCCCCCGUGUCCCCCGCCCGGCUGCCUGCCCUCGGGGGACUCGCUGCUGGGGGACAAGUGGCCCUGGGGACACGGUGGCACCGUCCCUGUCCUGCCGCCAGCAAGUGUCCAGCAGCCACCGGAGACCCCCCGUUAGACCAUUUCAGACAAUCUGGAGAGAAGUCAUAAUUCUGCUACUACAGUAAUAAUAACGCUUUUAGGGACAUUUGUAUUUUUAUCACAUUUCUCUCUUUUUUUAACAUAACAGAGGAGAUUCACGCACCUGGGGAAGGGGCUGCAGCUGGGCUCGCGCACAAAGCCAAGGGGUGGCAGGGUCCCCAGUGCCAGGCACUGCGUCGGGCUGUGCCGGGGUCCCCACAAGCGGGGUCUGUGGGCAGGGGUGCCCGUCCCCCCCCUGCCCCCCCCCCCCGCUCCUCGGGGAAGGGUGGGCUCCCCGGGGCUGUGUGUUCAUUUUUAACUCUAGAGCUCUUAGCCGUUAUCUUGUUCAGGUAUCUCUCUUCUUCAUGUGACGGUAACAUCCAACUGGUGUGUAAAAUAGAGAAAAAAUGAAAAAAAAAAUGAAAAAAAAGGAAAAAAAAAAAAAAAACACACAAACCCCAGGGCGGCCGGGGGGCGGGAGUGCUGUGGAUGGGGCGCACUGGGUGAUCCCAGGAGGCGGGGGCAGAGGGGGGGCACGGCCCCGGCGGAGGCAGGGGCGCCUCUUUGCAGAAUCCUAUUUUUGGGGAGCGGGGCCCCUCGUUUUCUGGAGGCAGCCCCUGCUCUCAGUAAUAAAGGACAGUCAGAACUGC